AUGGAUGUUGAUAUCUUUGCUGCCUCAGGGUGCCCUGGAUCGGGCAAGUCCAGCAUCGCCGUCGACUUUGCCGCGGGUGGACAGUAUAUCCAUCUCUCACCUAGCGCUAUUCUGGCCAAUAUUGCCAGGAAUGGACCGUAUCCUGACCAGCAGGUAGUUGAGGCGGCUAUUGCAACUUUUAAAGAAGUCCCUGACGAACUCCUUGUUCUGCUCACUAUCAGAGAAAUACAGACACACGUUGAAAGCGGAUCCAAGCUAUUUAUCGUCGACGGCUUCCCUCAGAAUGCGAAUCAGUUCAAACUGAUCUCUCGCUGGCUGCGAGAACGGUAUUUGCUAUCUUUCGACGUGGACGUCAAGACCAUUUCUGCACGUAAGAAGAUACCAAGAGCCCAGGCUAAGGAGCAACUCGCCCGGCAUGAGACACUCGUGAAAGACCUGUGGAAAUUCACCCCAGGACUGGCAUUUGUAUCUUUUGACGCCAGAUGGUCUCUCGAUACCAAUCUAAUCAGAGUUGGAAUGUUGAUGGGUUAUGCGAGCGCUAAAUACAAAAACAAGGCAGACUCACCAUGGCUGUGGCAUCCCAGACCAUCUUGUGUCUCAAUCGAAAAGUCUUUUGAUGUUCCCAAGUCACAAUUGAGAUCUCCAUUGCCUCCUACCUCUCCGCAGUCCCAGUCUCCUUACGAGCCACUUCGUCAGCCCUCUUCGUUGGGUGCUAUUCUGACAGCCGGAAUUCUGAUUGUGGCUAUGUUCACCGACAUGUUCUAUUUCUCUGUCGUUUAUUUCGAGGAAAGGAAAGCUGUGCAUAGUUGGUUCUCGAAUGCUCCUUGAAAGUUGAAAAAAACUCAUUUGCUUGUUAUGUUCUUUUUUUUUUUCAUUUGCUUUUGCUUUUAUCUUUUUCUA